AAAAGGAACACUAGCAAAGCAAGAAAGCCACCGCUGUGAGCCUGAGGCGGAGGCGGAGGCGGCAGCGACACGAGAGGCACGCAGCCCCGCCGUUAAAUCCCACCGCGGCGUCACUGUCGUGGUAUCUAUCCCUCUCGAGCCCCUGUAUAAGACCCACCGCCGCGUCGCCACCAUCUCCGAGCUCCGACACCCAGGCACUGCUUUCUCCUCGUCCUCUCCGACUCACAGCGCGGCGCGCAACCGGCACCUCCCGCCGACCGCCGUCCCGGCGCGUGGGCGUGGGUGGAGCGCUGACUUCGAGGGGACGGAGUUACGGAAGGAAGGAAGGAAGGAAGCUUCGGGCGCGGCCGCGUUGCUUCGGCUCGGGGGGCGCCUCGUCUCCUGAGACUUUUCGGGGACUUCUCCUUCCCCUUUGGUUGGUCUUAGCGUAGCGUGUCGGGGAUGGGGGUGCUAGGUUUCGCGGUGGAGAAGGCCAGAUCCCUCGCCGCGGACGACGCCGGCCACGCGCCGCGCCACUUGCAGAAGGCCGAGCUCGCGCGAAUCGAGACGCAGCGGCGCCAGGAGGCAGGCCACUGCGGGAGCACGCCGAGGGCCCGCGGGCUGGGCUCGCCUGUCGAGCCGCCUACGCCGCCGCGCCAGCCGCCCGAGGCGAGAUCCGGGGGCAAAGGCGACGCCGCUACUAACCCUCCCUGCCGCGAUAUUAGGCGAGUGGCUGAGGAGGCUGACGAACCCAGGGUCCAGUUUUUAGUCCCAGGGACUGACUUCUUACAUGACUUUUCAGAUACAGACUCUAGUGUUAGUAACUCAAUGUACAGAUCGAUGACCCCAAGCCCCGCAGAGAGUCCUACUUGUGCGGUGAGGCAGGAUGAUGCUUCUGAUCAUGAUGCAGUAACAAUGACUGACUCAGAUGAUGCACGGGAGCAAGUCAGUGCUAGCAUCGUUGAUGAGGGAGAAGAGGUCAACGCAUCAUCCUGUAUUGUUAAUUUUGGUGAUGAUAUUUGGUGCCCACCACCACCUGAAGAUGAGGGUGAUGAUGUUGAAUCAAGGUUAUUUGGAUUCGAUGAUGAGGGCGAUGGGGUUGUCUUGGAACUUAGUUGCUCCAGCGCUAAUAAAAUAGCGGGUGCCGAUGGUGUCUUUGCUGGAGCUCAUAAAGAAGGUGUUCAGAAUGAUUUAUUGAAGCACUUUCAAGCUCUAGUUGCGCAGUUACUGAAGGGGGAAGGUAUCAGUUUGGCCAGUGACAACGGUUCCAAAAGUUGGCUUGAAAUAGUGUCAUCGUUGGCAUGGCUAGCCGCUAACUAUGUGAAACCUGAUACUAAGAAAGGUGGCAGCAUGGAUCCUAGUGAUUAUGUGAAGAUUAAAUGCAUAGCAUCCGGGAACCCAAGUGAUAGCAAUUUUGUCAGAGGAAUUGUUUGCUCCAAGAAUGUAAGACACAAACGGAUGGUCUCUGAGCACAGGAAUGCCAAAUUGCUCAUUUUAGGAGGGGCACUUGAGUACCAGAAAGCAUCCAAUAAAUUGGCAUCCAUAGGAACUGUACUUGAACAGGAAAAGGAGCAUUUAAGAGCAAUUGUUGGAAAGAUUAAGUCUAGGCAACCUAAUGUGCUGCUAGUUGAGAAAAGUGCCUCAUCUUAUGCUCAGGAGCUCUUGGCAAAAGAUAUUUCGUUAGUUCUGAAUGUGAAGAGGCCACUUUUGGAUAGGAUAUCAAGAUGCACAGGGGGUCAGAUUGCCUCAUCCAUUGACAAUAUUGCGUCAGCAAGGCUAGGACAUUGUGACUUGUUCAAGGUGGAGAAAGUUCAAGAAUCUUCAUCAGCAGAACAUGCAGAGAAGGCAUCAGCUAAGCCUCUGAUGUUCUUUGAAGGCUGUCUGAAGCGCUUGGGUUGCACGGUUCUGCUGAGGGGAACUUGUCGGGAAGAAUUAAAGAAGAUUAAGCGUGCAAUGCAACUUGCAGUCUUUGCUGCUUAUCACCUCUCCCUUGAGACAUCAUUCCUUGCUGAUGAGGGCGCAACAAUUCCAAGAAUUCCUUCAAUAUCUGUGAUAGGUGCACCAGAACUGCAAACCCAUAGCGAUUACGCUUCUGCUAGGCCUGCUGAUCAUGGUAUUCCUGAUAGUCGAGUUACUGAAGAGAAAUACCCACAUAAUGCUAGUAUCAGCCAGAUAUUUGAUGAUAUUUCUGCAUCAUCAACUUUGUUACCAUUGGACGGGGUAAGCCUUGUGCCCAAAUGUAGAGUAUCUGAAUUUCCAGUUGACUGUGUCCACUCUCAAGAUUCAUCCCGCUUAUGCCAUCCAAAUGCUUCAUGCAAUGGACAUUUAAUUUCUCCAUCUUCCCUCGGUGAUGACUUGAGAACCACAUGUGCUGUCACACAAUAUGAUGAUUCAUACAACUCUUUGCGAUCUCCAAUCGCUGCUGAUGUCUAUCGUGAUGGUGCAUUAACUAAGAUAAGCACGGAACUUUGUCAUUCGAAAAACUGUAGUAGCCUCCCCUUACAAGACGACUUUCAAGCAGGGGAUACAGAUGACCAAGACAAGCUUUCAGCUGGUUACUUAUCUGGUACUGACAACAAUCAGAGCAUCUUAGUUUCCCUCUCAAGCACUUGCAUCCCAAAAAGUGUGGCAUGCGAGCGUUCUCACCUCUUCCGCAUCAAGUUUUAUGGUAGUUUUGAUAAGCCGCUAGGGAGAUACCUCCGCGAGGAAUUAUUUGAUCAGGCAUAUUGCUGCCCAUCAUGUAAAGAGCCUUCAGAAUCACAUGUCAGGUGCUAUAUGCACCAGCAUGGCAGCCUAACAAUCAGUGUUAGGCGCCUUCUGUCUCAAAAGUUGCCAGGCGAACAUGAUGGAAGGAUAUGGAUGUGGCACAGAUGCAUGAGGUGCAAGCUUAAGGAUGGAAUGCCACCUGCGACACAUAGAGUAGUCAUGUCUGAUGCAGCUUGGGGUCUAUCAUUUGGGAAGUUCCUGGAGCUCAGUUUUUCAAAUCAUAUGACUGCCAACCGAAUUGCGAGUUGUGGGCAUUCUCUCCAAAGGGAUUGCCUCCGUUUCUAUGGGUAUGGAAAUAUGGUGGCCGCCUUCCAGUAUAGUCCCAUGGUUACUCUAUCUGUUAAUCUUCCAGCCCCAUUGCUAGAUUUUAAUUUCCAUGGUACACAAGAGUGGGUGAAAGGAGAGGCGUUUGAGGUAUUUCACAUGAUGGAAUCCUUGCACAGGGAGGUAUAUGAUUUCCUUAAUUAUAUCGAAAAGAGUAUCAUCACCGUGGAUGAUUCAGUCAAAACAAGUAUACAAAGGCAGAUAAUUGAGAUGAAGGAUUUGCUUAACAUGCAAAGAAAUGAGUAUGAGGCUUUGCUUGUCCCAGUUAUAAGGGGGAGUGCUCAUUCAUUUAAAUCAAAGAUUGAUAUUUUGGAGCUCAACCGUAUUAGACGUGAUCUCCUCCUAGAUGCUUACACUUGGGAUUGUAGGUUGUGUAACAUUGAUUCACUUAAGACAGGUGGUCAUAUUUCCAGAACUGACCCAUUAUUUAAUCAAGGAAAACCCCAAGAGACCAAUGAAGGGAGACCUGAAUUGCUUCAGACUAUUACAGGACAUGGAGGAACCUAUCAAGAACCAUGUCCUCAACGCUCUUCAGGAAGUCCAAGGAAACCUCUCUUAUCUACAGAGGGCCAUUCUAAGGGUAACGAGUCUGUCAUGGUUGAGAAAGAUUUGCCGAUUGGGCUGGUGGAUGGUGUUGCAGGUGAUGCAGGAGGUCUUGAUUUGGUCUUCAGCAAAUUCAGUAUAUGUGAAGGAAGACAUCAUCUAUCGAAAGAUCCCAUCAAGACAGAGCCAGUAGAGAGGUUACCUUCACUUGCAUCUAUUUUAGCUGAUAAAAUAGAUAUGGCAUGGUCCGGAUCUGGUGAAUUACACUACAAUCUUCCACAUGAUUUGACCAAAGCUGAUGAAAAUAUAUCUCUUAGCUUGUUGGGCAAUCCAAGUUACAAGAAGGCUACUGCUCCUGUCCGAAUCCAUUCAUUUGAUACUGCAUUGAGAUUCCAUCAGCGAGAACAAACUGGAUUAAUACCUGCUUCAUUGCAUCCAGCAUUGAAAUCAGCUGAUUCCUUUAGAGCGUUGACAAGCCUUGUGAAGGAUCCGAUGACAAACAUGCGGAGGGCCUUUUCUCAAAUAUCUCCCAGGACAAGAGGAAACUUAAAUGUUGUUCUUACACGUGAGCCUAAAUGCAUCACAUUGGCUUCUCAUAAGAUGAGUGAUGGGGCACGACUGCUUCUGCCCAAUAUUAGCUGCGAAGGUUCUAUUAUUGUUGCUGUCUAUGAUGAUGAGCCAACCAGUAUUGUGUCAUAUGCCAUGACAUCACAAGAGUAUGUUGAGCAUGUCACAUAUAAAAUGAAUGCAAAUUCCAGCUUUUCAGAUUUUGCUAAGGUCAGCAGUGAUGGAUUUGAUGGAUCUUUGUCCUCACAUGAAGAUCUUUCAAAAUUUAAAGGAACCCACUUCAGAUUUGACUUUGAUGAUGAGGCAUCUUCUGCAGAUAGUACAAAGUUUUCUGUUACUUGCUAUUUUGCAAGGCAGUUUGCUACACUUAGAAAGAAAUGUUGUCCAAGUGAUAUUUAUUACAUACGCUCACUAAGUCGUUGUAAGCGAUGGAGUGCGCAAGGUGGAAAAAGCAAUGUUUACUUUGCAAAGACAAUGGAUGAGAGAUUCAUAAUUAAACAAGUCACCAAGACAGAGCUGGACUCAUUUGUAGAAUUUGCUCCUCACUACUUCCGGCACUUGACAGAAUCAUUGAAUUCUAGAAGCCCAACUUGCCUGGCCAAAAUAAUGGGACUUUAUCAGGUUAGUAUCAAGAGUUUGAAAGGAGGGCGGGAGGUGAAGAUGGAUCUGAUGGUGAUGGAGAACAUUUUCUUCCAGAGAACAAUAUCUAGGGUGUAUGAUCUGAAGGGUUCUGUGCGUUCACGCUACAACUCUGAUACGUCGGGUCACAAUAAAGUUCUUUUAGAUUCUAAUCUCGUAGAGGCACUACAUUCGAAGCCUAUAUUUUUGGGGAGUAAGACGAAACAAAGAUUGGAAAGAGCUGUCUGGAAUGAUACAUCAUUUCUUGCGUCUUUGGAUGUCAUGGACUACUCUCUUCUGGUCGGCAUCGACAAGGAGAAGAAAGAGCUUGUGGUCGGCAUCAUCGACUUCCUGCGCCAGUACACUUGGGAUAAGCAGCUGGAAACGUGGGUGAAAGCCUCAGGCAUCCUGGGUGGCCCCAAGAAUGAGUCCCCCACUGUCAUUUCGCCAAUCCAGUACAAGAAGAGGUUCAGGAAGGCCAUGUCGAGGUACUUCAUCGCUGUCCCCGACCAGUGGACCUCCUAGUUAAGAGCACCUCUCUUGUGCUCUUGCUGUAACCAUGUCAGCAAAAGCGUCAUUCGUUCAUCCCUUUGAUAAGUUUUGAGCAAGGGGGUGAACCGAGACGAAUAGGCAUUCUUUAGUUGAUUUGGUUCUUACAGGACAUGUUGUAGCUAUAGAGUAGACAGGAGGAUCAGGCCCCUGACCUGGACCGUUACACCAAACAUUGCCAGUGCAGUGUCCGGCCAGCGGCCACAUAUGAAUUCUGAGGGCUUGGUCCAUGUAAAUUGCGGCGAGCAACGGCGAGUAUUUAACGCUGAGUUGCGCCGUAUUCUUUUUAUGUAAUUCAUGCCGAGAAAUUGUACAAGAGAGAGAGAGCAGAUUGAAAUUAAUAUAAGCAUGUAACAGAUCAGUUACUUUGUUUCCGUGGA